AUGGGGAAUAUUGAAAGUGUGGACGGCCAGUCGGAGAUGAAGCAUCACAUCAUGCCCCUCAAAGUGCCCAUGCCGGACCCGACCGAGCUGGAGGAGAAAUUUGCCAUUGUUUUGAAUUCCAUGAACCUGCCUCCGGACAAAGCCAGGCUCCUCAGACAGUAUGACAACGAGAAGAAGUGGGACCUCAUCUGUGACCAGGAGAGGUUUCAAGUGAAGAACCCGCCUCACACCUACAUCCAGAAACUACGAGGUUACUUAGACCCCGGAGUCACACGGAAGAAGUUCCGCCGGCGGGUCCAGGAAUCCACAAAAGUCUUGAGGGAGCUGGAGAUAUCACUGAGGACAAACCACAUCGGGUGGGUCAGGGAGUUUCUCAAUGAUGAGAACAGAGGUCUUGACAUCCUGGUGGAGUACCUCUCCUUUGCCCAGUGUGCUGUCAUGUUGGAUUUUGAGGGGUUGGAGAAUGGGGAGGAUGGCUUCUUGGAGAAAGCUAAGUCCUGGAGCAGGUCCAUAGAGGAUCUGCACCAUACGGGCACCCAGCCCUUCUGCAAUACACUGGUGCGCUCUGCCCGCCAGUCUGUCCUCCGCUAUGGCUCGGUUACGAACAGCAAAACCAUCAAGAACUCCCGCCUCGUGAGCCAAAAAGAUGAUGUGCAUGUGUGCAUCAUGUGCUUGAGAGCAAUCAUGAACUACCAGUAUGGCUUCAAUAUGGUGAUGUCCCACGCACAUGCAGUCAAUGAAAUUGCUCUCAGCUUGAACAAUAAGAACUCACGGACAAAAGCGUUGGUCCUGGAGCUGCUAGCUGCAGUCUGUCUGGUCCGAGGGGGUCAUGAGAUCAUUCUCUCAGCGUUUGACAACUUCAAAGAGGUGUGCAAAGAGAAGCAUCGCUUUGAGAGGUUGAUGGAUUACUUCCGCUGUGAGGAUGGAAACAUUGACUUCAUGGUUGCUUGCAUGCAGUUCAUCAACAUUGUGGUCCACUCAGUUGAAGACAUGAACUUCAGAGUUCAUCUCCAGUAUGAGUUCACCAAGCUUGGACUGGAUGACUACUUGGAGAAAUGUAAGCAUACAGAGAGCGACAAGCUGUCGGUGCAGAUCCAGGCCUACCUGGAUAACGUUUUUGAUGUGGGUGGUCUGCUGGAAGAUGCAGAAACCAAGAAUGCAGCGCUGGAGAAGGUGGAGGAACUGGAGGAGCACCUGUCCCAUGUGACGGAGAAGCUGCUGGAUGUUGAGAAUGAGACCAUGAUGAAAGUAGCUGAUCUGGAGAAGCUGCUGAUUCAGAAGGAUAAAGAUCUACAAACAAUACGGGAGACGUACGAGUCGACCAACACCCAAGUGAACACCCUGAGGAGAAUGAUCAAGGAGAAGGAUGCUGCUUUCCAGAGGCACUUCAACAUAGAGAAGCGACUGCUCGAGCUGGAGCAGCAAGGCACCAUCCGUCUGCACAAGAAGCCUGAUGGAGAUAUUGCCAUUGAGCCCCUGGGUGCAGGCGGUCUAGGUGGAAGUAGUGGCCUUGGGAUCCCCCUGAGUGACAUAGGCCAGCUUUCAUUAGGACCAAUAGCUGGGCUCAUAGGACCAGAGGCACCAGGAGGACCAGACACCAGUUUGCCCCCAGCCAGUGAAGCGCCUCCACCCCCUCCCCCUCCACCGCCACCCCCUCCACCUCUUCCCUCUGCGUCAGGACAUAGCGCACCAAUUCCACCGCCGCCACCACCUCUUUUGCCAGAUGCCUCUCCAUCAGUUGUCCUCAGUGUUGGUUUAUCAGCUAUCAGAAUCAAGAAACCCAUCAAGACCAAGUUCCGCUUGCCUGUGUUCAACUGGACAGCCCUGAAACCCAACCAAAUCAAUGGCACUGUCUUCAAUGAAAUUGAUGAUGAGCGUGUGCUCGAGGAGCUGGAUCUGGAGAAGUUUGAGGAGCUGUUUAAGACCAGAGCCCAGGGUCCGGUUGUUGACCUUUCCUGCAGUAAGAGCAAGGUGUCCCAGAAGGCUGUGAACAAAGUCACGCUGCUAGAUGCCAAUCGCUCCAAGAACCUUGCCAUCACGUUGCGGAAGGCCAACAAAACGACAGAGGAGAUCUGCAAAGCAAUCGAAAAGUUUGACCUGAAGGCCUUACCUGUUGACUUUGUGGAGUGUCUGAUGCGUUUCCUGCCCACGGAGGCUGAGAGCAAGCUGCUGCGCCAGUAUGAGCGUGAGCGUCGCCCCGUGGACCAGCUGGCAGAGGAGGAUCGCUUCAUGCUCUUAUUCAGCAAGAUUGAGAGGCUCACUCAGAGGAUGAAUAUCAUCACCUUUGUUGGGAACUUUGCUGACAAUGUCAACAUGCUCACGCCGCAACUCAAUGCCAUCAUUGCAGCUUCGGGCUCAGUAAAAUCUUCACCGAAGCUGAAAAGAAUGCUUGAGAUCAUCUUAGCAUUGGGAAACUACAUGAACAGCAGCAAAAGAGGCUCUGUUUAUGGUUUCAAAUUGCAAAGUCUCGAUCUGCUGCUGGACACCAAGUCCACAGACAGGAAGAUGACCCUGCUUCACUACAUAGCUCUCAUUGUGAAAGAGAAGUACUUGGAGUUGGCCAAUUUCUACAAUGAACUGCACUUUGUGGAUAAAGCUGCAGCAGUAUCUCUGGAAAAUGUGCUGCUGGAUGUGCGGGAGCUGGGGAAGGGCAUGGACCUGAUCAGGAGAGAGUGCAACCUCCACGACCAUUCAGUCCUCAAGUCCUUCCUCCAGACCAGUGAAGCACAGUUGGACAAGCUGCAGAAGGACGCCAAGACAGCAGAGGAAGCCUUCAACAAUGUGGUGAACUACUUUGGAGAGAGUGCCAAGACAACUCCACCCUCUGUGUUCUUCCCUGUUUUUGUGCGCUUCAUCAAGUCCUAUAAGGAUGCCGUGGAGGAAAACGAGCAGAGGAAAAAGCAGGAACAAGCAAUGCGAGAGAAGUUACUGGCUCAGGAGGCUAAGCAGCAUGACCCCAAGGUCCAGGCCCAGAAGAAGAGGCAGCAGCAGCAGGAGCUGAUUGCAGAGCUGCGCAAGCGGCAAGCUAAAGACCACCGGCCCGUGUAUGAGGGCAAGGAUGGCACUAUUGAGGACAUCAUCACAGUACUGAAGAGCGUGCCCUUCACAGCCCGCACUGCUAAACGCGGCUCACGGUUCUUCUGUGAAGCCAACCUCUGUGACGACGCCAACUGCUAGCCCUUCCCCCCUAAUAUCCAGAUCUCCGAAACCAGCCUUUCCUGCGAGCAGACGCGCUGAUCCGGAGCGGUUGGAAGAGACCCUAAACCACUUAUUCGUCACUUAUACCCCCUUCCCCAUUAUAACUCUCUUCCCUGUGUCCUGACGGUCCCACUCUGACCCUGAGGCUGCAGAUCACAGAGACUGAAAAGGGACAGGACAGAGCCAAUGGCCCUUGUUUUAGCUGGGUAAUUUAUUUAUUUAUGGAGAUCCUUUAUAGCCACUCUUAAGUGAGCAGGCGUCAGUACAGAAGCACAAUGGGCUGCUCCUCUCUCACUGCAAACUUACUCUCCUGGACUGGGAACUAAGACCAGUUAGACAAUGACUACAUGCAGGUGAGGUGAGUUGAGGACUGGUGGACCACAAGCAGGAAGAACGGUGCUUUGACUAACAAGUGCCUGCCAACAUGUGGAUCUGAUUCCCGAGACCAUUCAUUUCCUCAGAUUGUGCAGUCCUAGCCGGACUCAGACCGGGAGGCAGCGGCGAGCAGAUGCUCUGCUGCUGGGACGUCUGCCUCGAAGACACUGUGGUUUGCACACACAAAGCCUUCCUCCAAACACAGAAGAUUCAAUAUUAUAAUAAUGAGACAUUUGGGGACUGUUUCCUGAAAUUAAGUCUUUACAACACGUUGAAAAGAGACUUAACAGUUGCUUUUUUUUUUUUUUUUUUUUUUUUUUUAGAAGUAGUCUCUAUCAUGUAUAUCUGGGAAGAACAACCCUUGAUUCUACUGGUCCUCUGGACAAGCUAGCAAAACCAAACUCUGUCUCUCAUACCUUUAAUAUUUUGCUUAAGAAGUGCCUUUUUUUGUGUAGACAGUAUUAUUUCCUGUGACGCAGCCAUUAUUUGUAUCAUUUAUGUCUCUCUUCUCUCAAAGAUUGUAUUUUUAUUUCCUUGUAUUAUAACAUUAUCCUUAAAAUACUGUAAAAAAAAAAAAAAAAAAUAUGCAAAGGUCGAAAUCCAUUUCCAGCUUUAAAGGCAGACAGCAACUAGAGGGUCGGAGGAUGGAGAGAUACGGUUUCCUUUUUUUUUUUUUUUUUAUUUACCUCAGUGCCCUGCAGCUCAAUCAAAUCAAUUAACAUGAGAGUUUUGUGCCUUGUUCCCGUAGUUGUUGAAAACUACGUUGUGUCUGAAUGUUAUAAGCCUUGACAACACUCUCCGUGACACUUUCAGUGGCACGCUUGAGAAGUGACAAAUGUGUAUGAAGAUGAUUCCAUAUGGACUGCUGUUCUAGGGGGUCGGAGGAUGUCGCAGGAUGUCGGGUUAACCUGCUUUACACGUGGUUGACGGAUGAAGGAGAUUUCCAUUCCUCGGAGUUCUUAUCAUGUUUUAAGCUUUCCUUGCUUCUCGCUUAAUAGAUGAUCCGUUUCCUCUUAAUAGGCAUUGAGUAAGCAAAACGAUUGUGCACUCUUGAGACUUACAAUCUGUGUUCCAGUAUGGCAUUUCCAUGAAAGGGACCGAGAAUAGUUACACUACUUAAUUUGCCUUAACAUUGUAUGAGACACUAUUCUUUAAGUGGACAUUUCUAUAUUAAUGUACAUUCAAUCCAAUAAAUUGAAGAAAUGUACUUUUUAGAGAAAAGGGUAAAAUGGUGAUCCAUGAAAUUGUCUCUUGUCUGAAAGAUCACUACACUUCCUCUUUAAUAAACAAAAUGAACUA